AUGACAGAAAGUGGGUCGGCUCUCCACGCUGACGAGCGAGACACGCAUACGUCAACUUGCCAGGCCAAGAGCUGCAAGUCAGCAUCCAGCAGUCCAGCAUUAUCAUCCAUCUCAGAGAACGAAGGAUGGUCCAAACACCCCACCGUUUCGACAAACAACGACAACACUCUAAAAACGGCUUCGAGUAUCGCUUCGCUCAAAGGAGCUAUUGGUACAUACAGACACGGAAGAAUUCAGUGGCGUCUCAAAGACAAGCAUGGUCUUAGCGCAGUAAAGAGCUUGAAACCCAAGAUACAUGUAGUAAUCCCUAGCGGAGCACAAGAUCGAGCUCAGCCGACAGCUCCAGGCUCUGGACACCCUAGCAACGCGCAAGUUCGUUCCGCCUCUGCUGAGCUCGAGGAGGCGUAUGACAUAUCUCCACCAACAGGAACGAGCUUAGUUAUGAUGCGCGACUCCAUCGUAUCACCACUCAGCCGCCCGCCGCCUCUUGGACAGCUCCAAGUGCCCACUCCUACCACACCUACGAACUCCAAGAACUCACAGCAUCGCAAGAUCAACUCAACAUCAACUACGUCAUCGGUUGGCUCUCGAGAAAGCGAUGCGUUCUCCUUACACAGUAACCAAUCCUCGGAAACUAGUGUCGAAGAGGACGAUCUACGCAUGCUUCCCAAGACCACAGGCGACUGUCCAGCCUUCGGAAUUGACUUCGGUCCUCCUCCAGCGAUACCGCCCCGUCGCUAUGCACCGUGUUCAGCCAAAGAUGCUGAGUUUAAACCUACCUGCACGAUCAAAUCUGCACGGGAUGCCACGAACGGUAUCGUCCGCCGCCCUACGGUUCACCGCAAAACAUCGAACUCGAGCAGCCACCGAAGAAGCCUCGACUCAAACCCAGGUAUCGGUGCCAUCAACCAAGCGAUCAAUCGGACGGAGUCGAAGAAGUCAAAAAAUGAACGAAGUGCAAGUCCAACAUUGAGCGAGGCAGAGACCGAGCUUCAGAGGUCAUUAACUACGCUCUCGGAAGACACGUUCCUGGGUCGAAUCGCGGAUAACGAUAGGCGGCCCCUGACGCCACGACCUCAGGAGGAGCGUAACCAACACCCCUGGCGGAAGCACAUGACAAGGCCGUCGGCUGAACCUGCUCCUCUACUGCCGAGGAAGUCCAGCAAGCGACAGUCGGUCAUCAAUACUGAACUGUUCAGGUUGUCUCGAGUACCAAAGGACCACAUCGCAUCCCAAAUUACGAGAGGAAGAUCACUGAGAAGAGAACAGCGUCUGUCGGUAGAGAUCCCUUCCCUGAGCCAGAUAUCACAUGAGUCGAUGCUGUCACCCGUUGAGAUUUUAGCAACACCAGAGCCCCGCGUCAUCUCACCUGGCGACGCCGAGAAAGUUCUUCAUCAGAUCCUGCAAAGCGUAGAUAAUUUCGAAGACUUGUUCGCUCUGGGGUCCGUCAACGUUGGAUUCUACAAAGUCUUCAAGCGACAUGAGCUCGAACUUGUCAAGUCUGUUGUGCAAAGGACAUCUCCCGCGGCGUGGGAGUUCAGGGAGUAUGCCUUCCCAGGGCACGAUAUACUGCACGACGACGAUUUGGAAAUGACGCGGCCCUUCGAGGAGUACACCCCGGCGAGCUAUCUCCACCUCCAACAGCGCGACACUAACAUUCUGCAUGAGAUCAAGUUGUUGAUCCAUGAAAAGUGUCAGUCUUUCGUACGAGCGGAGAUCUCUGCUGCUCUUGUUGACGAGAAAUCGCCCAACGCUGCCAGGGUGGAUGAUGCGCUGUGGCGUAUCUGGACAUUCUGCAAGAUCUUUGGAUCUGGCAAGGGCCGUGAAGACGAUGUGGUCGCUCAGCAAGACUGGCUUCAGGGCGGUGUCCAAGCACAUCAGCCAGCAUGCACCUUCAGCGUCAUGAGUACGGACUUCAUGAACGAUACCCUGAUCGGUGCACCAGACUGCUUUGCACAAGGAAACGAAGGCGGCCUGUCGGCAGAGCAGCUCUUCGAUAUGAUGGAGCUGUGGAACUGCCUCGGCGUUUUGCUGCAAGGCUUCCAAACUCGCACUGCGGAAGCACGCAAGUAUGGCAUCUACGACGAUACUGAGAUCCGUGGAGGCGAUAUUGAUGGAGAGGAAAUGAUGCUAGACGAAUGGAUUCACCAUGUUCUCAGCUUCGGCCUCGCCACUGUCCUAUUCCUCGCCCGCCCCUGCUACGAGAACAAUGGGACUGCUUUCACGCUGGCUGAUGCCCAGGGCUUGACCAAAUGGAAGUCUCCCGUUCAUGGCAGUACUAAUAGGAGUUUCCUGAAAGAGGCAGCUUCUCGCGUCUACGAAGACAAGCUUGCACAUGUAUAUGCAGAGAGCUCCACGCGCGAGCUUCAGCGACAAAUGUCGAAGCAGCGCAUCCAAAAGCACAUCCAAGACCUCAAGCACUACAGGAGUAAUGGCCAGCCGAUACGUAUGAUUCGCCAGAGUCAGGACCGGCCGAUGAGCGAAUGGGAAAAGGUGAUGAGCAGUCUUACGCGGGUACACCCUCCAUUGCCCGACAACAAUCUCACCUCCCACAUUCCUUCUUUCCGACCUACCUCUGCAAUUGCGCAGGAAAUCUCGACCCACAUCUUCGAGCUUCCAGCACCGACCAGCACAGCACGAGCGCUCUUGCCUCCUUUGGUCACCCAUUCUACACCACAGCGAACCAUAGCGCAACCGCUCCUUCCCACACCCUCGUCAUCCACAGUGUCCGGUCCGCGCUCGUCCCCACGACGCGUUGUCGCCCAACCACUCCUCCCCACUCCCUCCGCAUCCAUCACGUCCGCUGCCCGCGACCGAACUAGCACAGCAACAAGCGCAAUGCCCUCCAUCAUCGAGCACCCCAUCUUCCUCACCCAGUCGCCCCAACAAAUCCGAUUCCCUGAUACCCCACCCUGCUACGUCCAGCGGCCCCAUGUCCCCAGCAAGGAAUCAGACAUCAGCCUCAGCUCGCGCAGCUCAAGCAACAGCGAGCGCUCCAGAGCAGCACCCGUUACUCAGCAUCCAGUUUACUACCAGCACCCGGCUCAAGCCGAUAUUUUCGACAGCCCGGCGUACGAGAACACGGCUGAGAAGGCAAUCUACCGCAUCGUGGAGAUGGGUUUCACGGCCGAGCAGGCGAGGGACGCACUGAGGGUUACGGAUGCCGGGGAUGGCCUAAGGGUCGACCGCGCCGUGGAAUUACUUCUGAGUCGGCAGAUGUGA